AUGCUCAGAGCGUUGCUUCCGCUUCCUCACCACGCCCAAGGCUUGAGCGGUAGUGAAUGGAACUGCAGGCUUCCAAGCCUUUUCGACUCGGUGAUACCUGGGAGCAUUUGUACGUUUUCCGGUCUCUUCCCGGAAGUUGUUAUCAGCAUGGCGGCCUCCAGUGAGUCUGAGGUCGAGCCCGAGACAGAGACCACGGCUCCCCGGGAGCGGGACACACCGGAAGACAUAGUGUUGGAGGCUCCGGCCAACGGACUGGCCUUUCACCCGGCGCGGAACCUCCUGGCCGCGGGGGACGUGGACGGGGACGUGUUCGUCUUCGAGUAUUCCUGUUGGGAGGGUGAAACCAGGGAGCUCUGGUCCUCAGGACACCAUCUCAAGUCCUGCCGGGACCUGGCCUUUUCCGACGACGGACAUAAACUUAUCAGUGUUUCCAAGGAUAAAGCCAUUCAUAUCCUAGAUGUUGAGCAAGGCCGACUGGAUAAACGAAUAUCCAAGGCUCACAGUGUACCCAUCAAUAGCUUGUUGAUAGUAGAUGAGCAUCUGUUAGCUACUGGGGAUGAUGGUGGCAGUAUUCGGCUCUGGGACCAGAGGAAGGAGGGUCCAAUUAUGGACUUGAAGCAACACGAGGAAUACAUUGCAGAUAUGGCUCUGGACUCUGCUAAGAAGCUGCUUCUUACUGCCAGUGGGGAUGGUUGCCUUGGUGUCUUUAAUAUUAAACGCCACCGAUUUGAACUCCUAUCAGAAGCACAGAGUGGGGAUUUGACCUCUGUUACACUAAUGAAGAGGGGAAAGAAAGUUGCUUGUGGUUCUAGUGAGGGGACCAUUUACCUCUUCAACUGGAAUGGUUUUGGAGCAACUAGUGACCGUUUUGCUCUGAAAGCAGAGUCAAUUGAUUGCAUUGUACCCAUCACAGACAGUCUGCUAUGCACAGCCUCUACUGAUGGGAUUAUCAGGGCAGUCAAUAUCCUGCCAAACCGAGUAGUGGGCAGUGUGGGGCAACAUGCCGGUGAACCUGUGGAGCAAUUAGCCCUCUCUCACUGUGGUAAACUUCUUGCCAGCAGUGGCCAUGAUCAUAGACUCAAAUUCUGGGAUGUGACACAGCUUCGUUCAGUAGUAGUCGAUGAUUAUCGGAAGCGAAAGAAGAAGGGUGGCCAGUUACAGGCUCUGAGUAGCAAGGCUUGGGGUAUAGAUGAUUUUUUUGCUGGACUGAAAGAGGAGGAAGACAUAGUGCCUAAUCCAGUGGAAGAAGAAAGUGAGGACAGUGACUGAGAGGAUGGUAUAGUAGGUAUCAUCCAAGACCUUCAGUUGCAGCUAAGUAAAUCAGCCCCCUCUCUGGUUUUUUUUUUUUUUAAACCCUUAA